CCGUUGCCCUCUCCAACAUGUCAAACAUCUUCGACCAAGAUGCAAAGGAGUACUUCUUCGACAUGGAGUGUCCUGAAUUCACCGGCAGCGAGUCUUCGGACAGCCCUACUGAUUCGUGCUUCACCAGUUGGGGCUCCUUCACACCACCCUCUCCACGCCAGGAUGCAAAGGACCUGACUUUGGGUGACAAUGCUAUGCCUGCGUACUCACCUUUGUCCGAUCUGUCGCCAUUAUCGAGCUUGGGUGACAACUGCCUCAAAGCCGACUCUUCCUGGCCCGAACAGCCUGCAGCCUUCUGCGACACGUUGCCUCAGUACAACUCCGAUAUAUGGUCAUGCUCCCAGUACGCUUCGGCUCGGCCACUCUUCGAAGUCACUGGCCGUGUUCCAACCAUGCCCAUUCAGUCUCAAUCUGAUGGGUUGUUCGCUCCCUCGUCGUUCCAGGAGAUGUUCCCCAUGACUGUGUCACACCUUGCGUCAAACACGGCACCAUCGCUGGAGCAGAACAUGCCGGCUGGCUUUGUAGGCUACGGAGCGGACGGACUGGUCGUUCCUGGACACCUCUUCAACACCACACUGGACAGGUUCGCUUUCACGGACCCAAGUCCCGUGCUCNUUUCCACACAACCCAUGACCGAAGACACUCUGGAACUUGGCCCUCUCCCCAGUACCAACGAACUCGAACUACCAUCCGAACCGGCCGAGCAAGCAGUCAGAUACAUUCCGGAAAUAGCUCACAACACCAGGGAUGAAUAUCUUCAGGAAGCUCGUCGACGUGGUCUGUCCUACAAGGAGAUCAAACGUCGUGGCGGCUUCACUGAAGCCGAGUCUACUCUGCGCGGCCGCAUCCGUAUCCUAUCCAAGCCCAAAGAGAUGCGUGUCAGGAAGCCGCAGUGGAACCGCUCAGAUAUCACGCUCCUUAUCGACGCAGUCGAGUACUUCUCCGAAGCGUCGCAGGGUUCGACGUCUCGCAAGACCAACGUGCGCCAGAGAAGCAAUCCGAGCAAGCUGCCAUGGAAGAAGGUCGCCGAGUGGAUGUUCUCACACGGUGCAUCAUACNCCCUUGCUGGUGCAACCUGUGCCAAGAAGUGGGAGCAGAUCCGUGAGAUGUCCUUC